AUGAAACCGGACGAUUCUGACUUAAAGAGAGUGUGCGUAGUGGGAUCAGAAAGAUCCAGUGUUGUAGAUAGGGAGAGGAUUAACAACUUGUGUUUUAGUUGGGAUGGGGAAUGGCUUGUUCACAGGGACGGCAGAGCCGGUGUCGUGGCCAAAUCAGUAUCAACCUUACGGAGAUCUGCCUGGGGUGAGGUUAGAUGGAAGUGGAUGUGUGAAAAUGGUACGCCAUCGUGGCACUCAGUGAUUCAGGGACAGAGCUGA